AUGCGCUUGAAUGCGCAGAGGUAUGCGGGAACGAUAUCCAAUACGCAUAAGGUUCGUUUCAGGAAAGCACCUGUUAGAGCAAGAAACAUCGCCAUCAAUGUUAUCGUGGCAGUUGUGUGCUUUGAGGUUUAUACUCGACUAGUCCUUGGUCCUUUAGACAAAGCUGCUGAAGAGGCAUCAAAAGAUAUACCAGAUGACGAGUUUCAAGAGGCAGAACAACCAUUGUUUAUACCAUUCCCCGGUACCACGAAAGAGCUCCCUAUUAUUCCUUAUAAAGGAACCGAUCCAGAGUAUCAAGAAUUCAUUAAGAUUAGCAAAGACCCAAAGCUUCUAAACAAAAUCAGAGUUGACUUGACAGAGUUCUUGCGAGAUUCUGUUCCUAAUACGCCGCUAAUCGUGCAAAUCGCUGGGAAGCAAUUUAAAACCAGAAGAUUUUGGCUUGAUAUUGAUUUUCCUCAACUUCCACCACCGUCAUUUGAGAGAUCAGGAAUCGAAAUCUCCGAUGAUGCAAUUUCCUGGGUCACUCAGCCUGUCGAUGCCACAAUUGUAUACAAAAUACGGAAUGUUCUAUGGCCAACAGCCCUUUUCCAAUCUUCAUGGAUGUUCCUAAAGGUAUUGGCCGCCGAAGAAUUCAGAAGUAUGGCAAGAGUAUUUGGUGUAGAAUUUGAGAAAGGUCCUUCUGAACAAACUUUGGAUCAAAUGCUUGCUCGGUCACAAAAAAUGAUGAAGGAGUUGAAUGGUCAACAAAAAGUACCCGGGGAUGUCCAACGACCAUUUACUGCUAAGGAUGGGCCACCACAACAGCCUUUGGGUGACAAAAGUAAAGAAGUGGCAGCCGCACCAGGAAAGCCAAAUGUGAGAGAAGAUAUUCUGCCCGCACUCGUAAACAGUUUCAAGGAUAUCCACACAUCAUUCGUCGCAAAACCCAUCAUGGCAGCUAAAAUAAAAUACGUCCAGAUUAGCAAAAGGUUGCGACCUACUACAAAUAUUCAUCCGAGAGGCUCCAUCACAGUCUCCGGACUUAUCGAGUUGGAAUCCGACCAGGCUUUCCUCGUUUUUGAUGUCAUCGCAGCUUGGGAUCCUAAGAAAAAGCAAUAUGAUGUGAAUAGUAUGCAAAUUAAACUGAGAAGAAUGCAAAGGAAGAGACAACGUCCUGUUACCGGAUUACCUCGAGGGUCAAUGGCAUGA